UCAAAGUAACUUUUCAGGUUUUUGCUCGGCAGGAGAUGACAGGUGUCUGACUUCAUCGGGUCACCUGUCAGUAUACACCUUACUAUACUUAGAGUUUGUUUUUUAUGCUCAUCAAGAGCCCCCCGUGGCAUCGUAUGGAUAUCUUUUAAUUUCUACAGGUAAACAAAUCAAACAAGGAGAAAAUGAGUAAGAUCACUAAGCUUUUUAAGCCCGGUGGUGGGUCGAAACAUCGCAAAGGACCCAGUGCCCAGGAGGCCUUGUUUAAGCUCCGGGAGACUGAAGAAAUGCUAACCAAAAAACAGGAGUAUUUGGAAAAAAAGAUUGAACAGGAGAUAGCAACAGCCAAAAGACACGGAACCAAAAACAAGAGAGCUGCCUUGCAAGCAUUAAAACGUAAGAAGAGGCUAGAGAAGCAGUUAGCACAGAUUGAUGGGACCCUCUCCACGAUUGAAUUUCAGAGGGAAGCCCUGGAGAACUCUCACACCAACACCGAGGUGCUGAAAAACAUGGGUUACGCGGCAAAGGCCAUGAAAGCAGUCCAUGAAAACAUGGACUUGGACAAGAUCGAUUCAUUAAUGGAGGAUAUCCAUGAGCAGCAAGAGGUUGCCCAAGAAAUAUCUGAUGCUAUUUCUCGUCCAGUUGGGUUCGGUGAAGAGUUUGAUGAGGAUGAAUUGUUACAAGAAUUAGAAGAAUUGGAACAAGAGCAACUCAACGAACAAAUGGCCGACAUUAACCUGCCAAGCGUGCCGUCCAAGAAACUGCCUUCCCGGCCAGUAUCAACUCGGAAGAAAGUGGAGGAUGAUGAUGAUAUGAAGAUGCUGGCAGCAUGGGCUACAUAAACAUCUUUCCUUUUGAAGGAGAUAACCCUCACUCAAUACUUCCGUUUAGUGAAGUAGUCAUAGAGAAGAUUUUAGUUUAUCUAAACGUAAGGUUCUCUGUGACAUGGAACUACACUCAUUUUACAUAUUCAAGUGUAGAAAUGUUCUUGACUUUUUUUCUGCAGAAUUCUGUAAAUAUUAUGAAGAGCUUGCUUGGUAAUUCCUGGGUUGCUGCAUAUCUGUUUACCAGGGUUGAUGACGUGUACUGUAUUUCCAAAAGCUUGAGCAAUCUUGUUUUACCAGCAUAUAAGUUAGAUGUGGCCAUCCGGCUUUUUGUAUGACUCCCUUUGUGUUAAAAAAGCAAUGUGAGUUUGUUUCUAUCAAUACACAGAAGGGUGAGCCUUCCAGAAUUAUUAGGUUCAGUGGAGGACCCUUGUCUUCUGAUUUAAAGAUGUUCAUUUCUACUCGAGGCGUCAGUCAUGUUUUACUUGCAAUUCAAGAUAAAACCACCAGGGUGUCUAAAAAUGUCAAGCACCUUAGGCAGCAGUUACAUGAAUGGAUCCUUUAUGUGUUUCAUUUAUUAUCUAUGAAUUCCUUUCAGUAAAUGAGUUUUGAACAGGAAUAGAUGGUGUACAUUGAGACUGUUGCCAGCCAAAUGUGCCUUUGGUUGCAUUAUUUAUGAUCCACUUGGAUGAACAGCUACACUGACUGCCUUCUUUUCUUGAAAUAAAAUAGCCUAAAAGUU